AUUUUGUUUCAUCAUCAGCAUCGCAUGACCAUGUCGUGCCGUGAAGUAUCGCGAGAUUCCACGGAGGACGACAGCAUCCACACGGACUUCACGAGCCACGGCCACCAUAUGGAGAUGUGGAGGCAAUCGCUGGACAUUCGACAGUCGUUAGGCCAAUUGUCCGCAGAUCGCAGGUCAUCGUCGUCCAUGAUUCAAUCUCGUCGUGAGCCGCGGGACUUGAUGCUUUUCGUUGGCAAACCUGCCGAAAACGAACGCCAGACCCACUACAAGGGGCGCCUUCGCGUACGUCCGUCCGUCCAUCAACCUGUUUGACUUUUGCCCAUACUAUUGGUCGUUCAGAUGUGGCCAGGACUCCUUCUUCUGGUGCUAGUGGUCGGCGGUGCGAUCGCAGGAAUCACCCUCGGCGUCAAAUCUUCGCAUGAAGCAUCCCGAAAGCGCGCCAUAGACGUCCUCUCGGCCGAACGCGCGCGGCGCGCCAUCGACAGUGGCGUCAAGGACUCGUCCUCCAGCUUACCCAUCGACCGCGACCCCGACGACAACCAAGUGGGCAACCCCAAAACCUACGUCAACCAACGAUGCUCCAUGCUAAACUACGUGAGCAAAACAGGGCGCGUCUUUGCCGUGCUGCCCAACAACACGGAAACCCAAAUCGACAUGAAGGGCAUCAAUUGGUUUGGCAUGGAAACAGGCAACGCCAUCCCGUUAGGGCUGUGGACCAACGAAAACAACGGCACGACCGCGUACGAGAUCGCCACGUAUCUCGCGGCCAACAAGUUCAACGUCGUGCGCCUACCAGUAUGCAUCGCGCACAUCCUAGCCGACACGGCGCCGCGGAAGGGGCUGGUGAACCUCAAGGAGAACCGCGCCGUGGACAUCUCGUCGUACAUGGCGGCGUUGGAAUCGAUCAUCAAGGCGCUGGCGUACCGCAACAUUGGGGUCCUCAUCAGCUUGCACACGUUGACGCCGCAAGUGUCGGGCGGCACGUGGUUCGAUGACUCGGUGGGCAUCACAAAGGACAAGUUCCUGCUCUCCGUUGACAUUUUAACCAAAGCGCUGUGCAAAUCCGACUAUUGGAACGUUGUGGGCUUGGAUCUCAAGAACGAACCACAUACUGCCACGUGGGCAGAUUUUUCCGACGGCGCCGAGACGAUUGGCAAUAGGAUGCACGCUGGUUGUACGAACUGGCUGGCGUUCGUUGAAGGUACCAACAUCGAGAAGCACUCGACCGUGAUCGGCGGGGUCGUGACGGAGUAUAGCAACUGGUGGGGCGGCGGGCUUCAAGGCGUCAAGACUAAGCGAGUCAUGCUUGACCUGCCUAACAAGGUCGUGUACGCGCCGCACUACUACAACAGCGGCGUGUACCCGCAGACGUACCUCUACGCCCCGGGGGGAGAUGAGCUGUCGGAUGCUGACCUGCGUCAGCGAAUCUCCGAGACCGCCACCGACAUGUUUGGGUUCAUUGCUGCCGACAAGAAGGAAGCGCUCGUGCUGGGCGAGUUCGCCGGACUGUACGCGACGGACGCGCAUCGUUUCAAGACGACGAAACGCACGACGGACUUCUUGAUUGAAGUCAUGCUGCGAGAUGGGUACGCCGGCGGCUUCGUGUGGUCCCUCAACCCUGAAAGCGCGUACCAGUACAACCCGAAUGGACCUGGCACGUGGACGGAAGGGUUGCUCAAAGACGACUGGAGGAGCUCCAACACGGAGUUCGUCCAAGGGAUGGCGGCGUUGGACAAGCUGCCGAGCCUAAAAGCACUCCCAUGUGUCCACACCACGCCGUCGGCGCCGUAGUCGGUCGGCACGUUGUAGCUACCGAUAUCAUUAUUGUCGAAAUACUCGGGUAUUAAAUGCUAAGGGAC